CUUUAAAGGUUGGAGUUUGGCACAAUGUGCCCUCCCUGCGCGCAGCAGAAGAUAAGUGCGUCACUUUGGAUCCGUUGUUAUCGCGACUUAAAGUCUAUCGCAUGUGCGGCGGUUUCUUGAAAUGUAACGGUCGCUCUCCGUCCCCAAUGGCCCGCACGGAGCGGAGAUGAAUGAGGACACCUUUGAGAUCCCUGAGGGGGCAGAGUACCGCUACCUGGUGCAGGAGGAGGAGGAGGUGGAGGUGCAGUACGUCCGGCGGAGGAACUACGUCAGCCCCCUGCUGGUGCUCUCUAAUGGCUGGAUCAAGCUCAUCGGCCUGGCCGUGGUCUCCGCGCUCGGCCUGUCCACGUUCCUGUUCUGGCCACUGUGGCCAGGUGUGUCCCAGACGCUGCCCCGCAACCUGGCCCGGGUCACCACCGAUGUCGGGGCUUUCGAGGGGAGACACGAGGACGGGGCCUACUCCUUCAGGGGCAUGAGCUACGCCUCCCCCCCGACGGGCCGGCUGCGCUGGGCCCCCCCGGCCAGGCCGACCCCAGGCAAUGGCUUUGGGGACGCCAGCCACCUCCGCGGCGUCUGCCCCCAGCGGGACCCCCGGACAGGCCGGAGGGUGGGCAGCGAGAGCUGCCUGUUCCUCAACGUGUGGACCCCCUCGCUGGAGCCGGACGCCGCUCUGCCCGUGGUGGUCUGGAUCCACGGGGGGUACCUGACCUCGCUCAGCGGGGGGGAGCCCGGGUACGCGCCCUCGGCCCGGCUGGCCAAUGAGACGGGGGUGGUCUACGUCAGCUUCAACUACCGGCUGGGUGCCCUGGGGUUCCUGGCCCUGGAGGUUCUGAGGGAGGGCAGCCCCACCAACACCUCAGGGAACUAUGGCUUCAUGGACCAGAUCGCGGCCCUCCAAUGGGUUCAGAGGAACAUCCACGUCUUCGGAGGCGCCCCUGGGAGAGUGACCAUAUUUGGACACAGCUCUGGGGGCACCUCGGUGUGGACUCUGCUGAAGUCGCCCCUGGCUAAGGGUCUGUUCAGCGCCGCGGUGGUCAUGAGCGGCUCCACGGUCCAAAACGCGUCGCUGGCGAAGGCCGAGGCAGACAACCUGGUGUUCCUGCGGAAGACGGACUGCACCGACCUGGCCUGCCUCCGACGUCUGUCCGUCACACAGAUCCUACAGGCCAGCCCCUGGGAGGAGUACCCGUCCUGGGCAGGAGACGGCAUGAUGGACCUGCCCACCAAAGGGAAGUUCUACGGCCCCCUGGUGGUUGUGGACGGACAUGUCCUCCCUGACUCCCCGGCGGAGGGAGGAGGAGGAUUUUACAAUGACGUGCCGAUCGUGGUGGGCACAACGGAGCAGGAGGCGGACUUUAGCCCUUCUUCUGCAAACAUCUCUCUCUGGACUUGGGAUGACUACCAGUGGUUUGUUACCGACAAACUGAAACCCUUCGGUGAGGACCUUCCCAAGGACGCCCUGGACCUUUACCCCAGCUCAGCGCCCUGUCCAACCCUGGACCGCUGUCCUGAGCGGGCCUACACCACCAUGGUGUCGGACAUGAGGGUGACCUGCCCCAGCAACGAGGAGGCCUCCAGGGCAGCAGCGGCCCUGAGCAGUCCCGUGUAUCGCUACGUGGUGACGCACACACCGUCCAGCGCGGUGAACACCUCGGGCCAGGACCUGGUGCCCUACCCCAGCCGCUUCUCCUUCCACACGGUGGACGCCCUGGCCUUCUUCGACGGCCUGGGGGCCCUCCUGGAGGAAAGCCUCUCCCCAAACGACAUCGAGUUCCAGCUCCUCUUCAGACACCACCUCGUCCACUUUGCAAAAACGAGGAAGAUGGUGGACGAGUGGCCAGAGUUCCCAUCAGCCACUGCUCUCCUGUCCAACCUGCUGAAGGUGGUCCAGAGCUACUCUGAUGUCCGCUGCCGCCUGUGGCAGGACAAUGGCUUCGAUGCCUACGCCUGGGUCAACUGACCAGAUGAACACCCUGGGCUGUGGGUCAACCCUGUGGAAACGCCAAAUUUGAUUCACCGCUGUGCUCACCUAAGGCCAUGCCACUUUGUUUAAUGACUAUAAACCACUAUUCUUUAACCAAACUAACAGCUGCCAACACCUUGUUUACACUGAGCUGCUGGGUCAAAAGGGGUGUCCUCACUUCCUGUUGACGUCAGUCGAAUAGCAGAUUCGGCGGUGUACUCUAUACUAAUAACAAUAUGUUGGCUUAGCUCAGGAGGUAGAGAGGGUCGUCUUGAAACCAGAAGGUUUCUAGUUCAAUCCCCAGAGUGUUGUGGUGUCCAUGGACUGUCUGCUAAAUGCACUAAAUAUAAAUGCAUGGAGGACAUAAAACUCGAACAGAAGCUAUUAAAAGUGUACCAGAGCUACGACCCAGCAGCAAGGGCUAAUGUAUAGAAUGUCGUUCAUAAUCGGGAAAAUAAGGCCCGACCGGCCCUGAAGGGGCUUAUUUUCGAUAAUGACCGGCGACGUUCUUUACAUUAUCCGGCUUAUUACACGGCUUGCCAAAAUGAAAUACUAACUUUACACGUUUUUUCACAAUUCAUUUGUUACUUACCAGCAUUCAUAGUGUUGAUCAGCAGAGAAAUAGUCUGUUAAGACAUUGAUGUCAAUUUGAAACCGAGUACGCUGGGGUUGAUAAGUUACCGGACUACCUACGGACUGAUAUGAAAGACGCCAAAAAAAUCACUUUCCUUGAUAGCUUGAUCAUUAUAUGCUUAGCAACGGUGAAUUAUCAAAAUAUAAUAAAUCAUAUUAAUUCACCGUCGGAAGUUGUGAAGGCCCAUGCAAGUGAACGGAGCGUUCCACAGCAUUCAGAAGAGCCGUGUAAUAACUUUAUAUAAUUCAGAGUGAAUUAAAAGUUUAAAUGAAAUCCAA